CUAGCCACAAGUUCAACCCUAGAUACCCCAUCAUGGAGAAGUAUCAAAUGUUCUUUCCUUGCACCUCAUCAGCUAAUUACCCAAACCCUAAUUCCACAAAUAUAGAUCAUCAUCACCGGGUGGGAAGCUCUCACGUUUACACGAAUAACUUUGAUGGGCGUGUUGAUCAAACUUCAGAUGCAUUUUUGGGGUUGAAAUCGACGAUGACGACAACAGAAAACCACGUUGGAUCAUCGUCAGAUGAAGUAUUAGUUCAUAAAGAUGGUCAUCCGUACCAACAAUAUUAUCAGCAGCAUUAUCCGAGUGCAAAUGCAGGCAUGAGUAAUGUUAUUGUUGGAGCUGAUCACAGCAGCGUCGAUCCUCAUCGGGCCAAUAAUAAUGAUUCAGGGAAAAAGAAAAAGGGGGAGAAGAAGAUGAAAAAGCCGAAAUAUGCUUUUCAAACAAGAAGUCAGGUCGAUAUACUUGACGAUGGCUACCGGUGGAGAAAAUACGGCCAAAAAGCUGUGAAAGCCAACAAGUUUCCCAGAAGCUACUACCGAUGCACGUAUGAAGGGUGCAAUGUUAAAAAGCAAGUCCAACGCCUAAGCAAGGACGAAGGCGUUGUGGUGACCACUUACGAAGGAAUGCACACCCAUCCCAUCGACAAGCCUUCCGACAAUUUUGAGCGUAUCUUGAAUCAGAUGCAAAUUUACACCCCCUUCUGAAGUUAUAACUAAGUAUCAUUCAUUCAGUUUACAUAACUACAUAUAUCUAUUGAAAUAUUUAUGCUUGCUUUUGUAAAAUAAAUUGAAGUACUCAUCAAUAUUAUUAUGGAGAUUUUGUGACAUAUAUCUUAAUUGAUUAGGCGGUGGCCAGUGGAUCUAUUGACUGAUAUAGUUUAAGCUAA